CCCCUUGCGACAACUUCCUAUGGGGGAGUGUAGAAAUGUAGAGAUUCCCCGGUCUGCAGUUCAUUGCCGCAGUAUCGUUCAGACGGACUAAGGGGGCUUAACUCUACACGUAAAAAAUGACGGAACAACUCACAGAAGAGUCAAUAGCUGAAUUCAAAGAAGCUUUCAGUCUCUUUGAUAAGGAUGGCGACGGCACCAUCACAACCAAAGAGUUGGGAACAGUCAUGCGUUCUCUGGGGCAAAAUCCAACAGAAGCUGAACUUCAAGACAUGAUCAAUGAAGUUGAUGCUGAUGGAAAUGGAACCAUCGACUUCCCAGAAUUCCUGACAAUGAUGGCCAGGAAGAUGAAAGACACGGACACGGAGGAGGAGCUCCGCGAAGCGUUCCGCGUGUUUGACAAGGACGGCAACGGGUUCAUUUCCGCCGCGGAGCUGCGUCACGUGAUGACCAACCUGGGGGAGAAGUUGACGGACGAGGAGGUGGACGAGAUGAUCCGGGAGGCGGAUACGGACGGGGACGGUCAAGUUAAUUACGACGAAUUCGUCAAAAUGAUGACAUCAAAGUAACGCUCAACUUCAUUAGGAAAAAAAUCAACUUCAUUUUUUUUUUAAAGUCAACCACAAGUACAGAAUGACGCAUGUGGAAACACCUCAAGACCUACCACCAUGACACCAUAAAAUGGUGGUGUUUCAGCACACCAAAUAUAAUCUUCACUCAGAUACUGUAGGCUUCUUUAUUUAGGAUAUUUUUUAUUUCAUUUAAAGUGCCUUAACUUGUCUUAAAACGUGUAUUUUUUAUAAAAAGAUAAACAAUUUAUAUUACAUCUAUAAAGAGAUAAUUACAGUAAGUUUCUUAAAAUCUGAAAACAUUCACUAUUAACUGUCGGUUUUUAUUGAUUUUUUUUCACUUUCUUACUUUUUUAAAAGAGUUUUAAAAGAACAAAGUAAUUGAUAACAUGCGUGUCGGACAGAGUUGUCUAAACUUCAUAACAUUCCGCCCGUAGAGCUAAUUAACGCUAUUUUUUAAAAAAAAGUAAUUAACCAUCUGUAAAUAUUCAAUUAUAUUCCUUUCAUCCUUGUGAUGUAAUUAUAAAUCGUCUAUUUUAACCUUGCACGGUUUAAGUGUAAUGGUUUAUCUGUUGUACAAUUAUUUAAUUAAUAAAUUAUUGUCAAAAAGUUU